CAAAAAACUAUCUGCGCAAGUCAAUAAAGCUGUUUACUUGUUUCGAAGCUCUCUUCUAGUCAAAAAUUAUCUGGUGUAUAAAGAAGUAAACUCUUUUCUUCUAUUUGCAGUAGGCGGGUGCGGAACUUAAAAGAGCCCAGCAAAAUCCACGUUACAGCAGUUUGGAAUCUAUAAGGGUUGCAGAGUAUUUUGAGCGGAAUUACCAAACAUCAGCACAUUUGGAAACUAAGCUGGAGCGAUGGGAUUGGAGAAUGAUUUCUUCAUCAAUAGGAGGUGCGAAAUAAAGUUCCUCCUGUUAAUUCUCAUACUCAUCACCGCCUCUUCGAGGUCAAAUUGUGCUUCAGUCGAGUUUGAGGACAAGUCUGUGGACAACUGGCAACUGCUGAUCGGCGCAAAUUCAAAGGAACUGCAAUACGACUUCUGCAAGUAUAACGCGACAAGCCAAGGAACCCAGUGCACAAGUUUUGCGCAGGUUGCAUCGAUAAAUAUUAACGACGUGUGCAAUUGCUCCGUCCAACACAAAUUCGAAACUUCUGGCACCUUCACUUUCAGCGUCAACUGCACCAGCAAUUCAAGUUGGUGCCCCAAGAAUUUAUUUCUUCAUUACCAUCAGCAAGGCUCCAAGAUGCCGUACGAUGUAGGGCACCUGCAAACCCAAGGCGCGGCAGCCAGCCGUUACCCAAGAAGUACCGUUGCAUCUAUGCAAUUGGCCAUUCUUUAUUUUUCAACUUUGGCGUUUUCCACGCCGUAAAAUGUUCAAGUGGUGUCACGCGUCCACCCCCGAGCCUUCGAAGGCUGCUUUUUUGCUGGCUCAUUCUCAGACUAGAGCGUCCGUCGGGACCGGGAAAUUCGGAUCCUUUGUUAGCUUUACCUUUAGCUCUCUCUGCAUGUCUCUUACAAGAAAUAAACAAAAAGUCAAACAAUCGAAGCGA